CGCUCAGGUUGAUUUAGAACGCGGGUGACAGUGGCCUGGCGCGAGCCUACGGCUGACGACAGCGGCUGAUCCCGCUCGGUUUCCAUGGAGACGGGCAGGAGCCGCGGCAGCGGCGGCGGCGGCGGCGCGGCUGUCAGCGAGCGCGGCGGCGCGCGCGCGGGGGUCUGCAGGAGGCAGGAGCAGGCCGGGGCCCUCGCCGCAGACAUGGACUCGCAUUGUGAGUGCGCCGCGGAGACGCCCGCCGCAGAACCGCCGUCGGGGAAGAUCAAUAAGGCUGCGUUCAAGUUAUUCAAGAAGAGGAAAUCGGGGGGCACCAUGCCCAGCAUUUUUGGGGUCAAAAACAAAGGGGAUGGGAAGAGCGCGGGGCCGGCGGGGAUGGUUAGAAGCAGGACCCACGACGGAUUAGCGGAGGUACUGAUGCUGGAGGGCAGCAAGAAGGAGGAGCCGCCCGGCGGGGGCGAUCACGGCGGGGCCCGGCCGAACCCCGGACCCCCCAAAGCCGCCGGGCCUGGCCUGGGCUCCCUAGCCAGCAGCUCGGUGGCCAAGUCCCAUAGCUUCUUUUCCCUGCUGAAAAAGAACGGGCGAUCUGAGACAGGCAAAGGGGACCCUGCCGAGGCGAGCAAGGCUGGCAGCAAACAAAAGAGGGGGCUGAAAGGGAUCUUCAGCAGCAUGCGCUGGCACCGGAGGGACAAGCGCGGCAAGGAGGAGGAGGAGAAGGCGGCGCGCGCGGCGGGCCCGGGCAGCCUAGUCCUGCCCGGCUCGCUCACCGCCAGCCUGGAGUGCGUCAAGGAGGAGCCGCCCCGAGCCGCGCGCCGCCCGGACAGCCCGGGCCAGGACGCCCCGCGACACGCAGCAGGUGAGCCCGAAGGGGGAGAGCAGGCGCCCGCGUCUGCCGAGCGCGCCCCGGCGCGGACCUGCCUCGAGGCCGCGAGCCCCGCCGGCCCUGGCGACCAAAGCGCCCGGGGAGAGGACGCCGAGGGGCAUUGGCGCGCGGAGAAGCCCGGGGCAGCCCUCGAGUCGGGAGCUGGUGAGGUCCAGGCGGCCGAGGAUGCGUCCAGGACAGGCUGUGGAGAUAUUAUUGCAGACCCAGAAGAAGAGGCAGGCCCCAGCUGUGACAAGCAUGUCCCCGGGCCAGGCAAGCCAGUGCUCUCUAAAAAGAACCCCAGCGUGGUGGCCUACCAAGGAGGAGGGGAGGAGAUGGCCAGCCCGGAUGAGGUGGAUGAUACCUAUCUCCCAGAAUUCUGGGACAUGUUGUCCCAGACUGAGGACCAAGGACAAGGGCCCCAAGAGGGUGCAGCGAAGGCAAUCACUGCUUCGGACACCAAGCUGGCCCCUGAGACCUCCAGUGAUGCCCGGUGUGGGGAAGUAGCCAAGGACAUGUCCUCUGUCAAGCGCCGGAAGCUCCACAGGAUCCCCAUUGAGCCUCAGCAGAAGGAGGAGCCCAAGCACCCGGAGAAAGAGCAUCAAGAAGGCGUCCCUAACAGCGACGAGGGCUACUGGGAUUCCACCACUCCUGGCCCAGAAGAAGACAGCGCCAGCAGCAGUAAGAAGGCAGUCAUCCCCAGGGAUAGCGACAGUGGCGAUGCUCUCUAUGAUCUCUACACUGAACCCGAAGGAACCCCAGCCACCCUUCCUGCCACGGAGGACCCACCCUGCUUGUCCCGGCUAAAGCCGGUGUCUCCAGGCACCAUCACCUGUCCACUGAGAACACCAGGCAGCUUGCUGAAGGACUCUAAAAUCCCCAUUAGCAUCAAGCAUCUCUCCAACCUUCCAUCCAGUCAUCCUGUGGUGCACCAGCAACCAGUCAGGAGUGAGUUGCCCAGAACAAAAAUCCCCGUUUCCAAAGUGCUGGUCCGCAGGGUCAGCAACCGGGGUUUGGCUGGGACCACCAUCAGGGCAGCAGCGUGCCAUGACAGUGCCAAAAAGUUGUGAGGUCUCCAAGGCCAAGGAUGCAUGGACCAUGUGUAUUAAGGAAUAUAACUUUCCCCUGGAAACCGCUGAAGGAAGUUUGCUUUGCCCAAAGCAAACAAUUUAGGACCCACCCUUCUCCAUAUGGCCUAGAAGUCUUUGUUGGAGACAGGGACAGGACACCCUGAAAGGGGAAUGUUACACACGGAGUUCAGAUAAGUUCCUGAGAAUUCUUUUCUAGCACUUUUUCUUUUAACCUUAAAAAAUCUGUUUUUUCCUUCUUUUUUCCCUUUAAUUCAUGAAUCACUCGGAAGUCGCCUUCCCUUGCUUUUGCAGAAAAUAAGAUUUAACCAAAUCUAACAAAAACAUCACACCAGGAUAUCAGGCUAUUCUAGAGUCAAGAGGGCCUUGAGGAAUCACUAAGCAACAGGAUUCUUGCCUCUCUUUCCAGGAAAAAAAAAGACCCUUUGCUUAUCACUGUGUGGGAACACCUACAAAGCUCAAAGAUCCAUAGAGCUACUUGAUGAGAAGAGGGGACUGCUGGCUGGCAGAGAACCCCCCGCGUCCAGUGGCCAGAAUGCAAAUAGGUAAAGAUCUAUCUACAAAAAAGAAAGGUUUUAGUUUGGUUGGUCCAGAUCAUUUGUUUGAGAAGAAAUAAAAAGGCUCAUGAGUAGCUUAUGUGCUUUUUUGUUUUGUUUUGCUUUUUGUUUGUGUAUUUUUUGAAUCCACCCCUCCCUCUCAGUGCAAACAUCAGGAUCAGGGAAAGAUCUCACUAAAUGCUAAUUACACAAUAUUUUGUCGUUUGUAAACGUCAACUUUCUUACAUGUAGAUAAUGCAUAUUUUAACAGUUUGUCUCACGGUUAACAUUGUACAAUUCUGUCAAUGAUAAAGAAUUUAGAGUCUGGUCUUAUAGCUGGAUAUGAUGACAAACCAUUGUUGUUCUUUAUGCAUUGUAGCCUGGGGCAGGGAUGCUUUUGAUUAGGGAGAUAUAUAUAUAUAUAUAUAUGUAUAUAUAUAUAUCCCUCUUGAACAAUGGUUGCCUGGCUUUUAUUAAGAGUCCAUUUCUCAGUCCAAAUCAGAGAUUAUACCUUGUUUAUAAAAUGUUGAAUCCAACCAUUUUCCCCAGGUUAGGAAGUCCAAAGUGAACAUAUGAAGAAAUAAUAGAAAGAAAUACACGUUUAAAACUAUUCAUUUGACUUUUGCUAUAUAAACCUAUGCCUAAGACAUAGGUUUAUGUGUUCUUCAUGUGACAUUGCCAAACCUAAGUAUGUAAACAUUCUACUAAAUUAUUUUUGAGAAGUGCUUUGAUUCGAUAUAUGCUUUCUAAUAUUUCAGUUGAAACCGUGCUGCCUUGGCAGUUUGAACAGUACAGUGAAGGGGUUCCUCGAAUGCUGACUAAACUGGUACCCUCUGGAGAGGCAUUUAACUCAAAGGGCCGGAGCUUCUACCAGAGGUGUUAUGGCACAUCAGGAAGAUGGCACAUGUCCCAGUGACCCUGCAUGUGUGUAAAUGACAAGAGCACAGUGUAAUUCGAGUUCUAGAGAGAUGACUAAGAAAUGGUCUGCUAUUUUGUGUUUUAAGAUUUUAGUUAUAUUUUUUAAAAGAAAAAAGAAGCUAAAUAUAUGAAAACUUAUUUUAGUAGUAUGAAGGAAGCAAAAAUAAGUGGACAUCAAGGAAAACUUGAUAAGGCAUAAAGGAACCUAUUCCCAUAUCUGAUUUGUAGCAAUUCCCUUAGAAGAGGAGGCAGAGGUCUGCCGCGUCCCUUAGCUACAUUACUGACUUCUACUGUGUUGUCUCAGGUCCUUGCUGUUAUCACAAAGCAAUGCUUUAAUUUUCAAUGUCCUUGUGUCUAGAGAUGAGACCCUCCAGGUGCUCAUCACCCUAAGAAUUCUGGGCUCACUAUCAGAAACCACACACGCAUCUCAUAUAUGCUCAGGAAUUCCUCUGGAUAAAAAAAUGACAGACAGAAGACAUCUCAAAAUAGUUGGGAUUUGUCAGUAUUUUGAAAAUCAGUUCUGCCCUUGAAAGAAGACUUUAAAUCUGAUUAAUAUUAAUAGAAACAUGUAGACCCCACAAUGUAUUUGUUUCCCCCAUAGAACCUGAGAGGAUACAAAUUUUACUUCUAGCAGGAAGACAAAAGGAACUUUUUCCUUGUGCUUUUCCCGGCAAAGAUUAUGUUCACCUUUGCACGACUCCAUGGCUGGGCUUUGCUUGCGCUUGUUCAACUGUGUGGGAAAGGUAGCAUAUGAAGAAUGGGCUCAGACAGUGUCAGAGUAAUGGCAGGUGGUUGCUAAAGCACUAGAAGCCACUCCUUCAAGCAUUCCCAGCUUGGAGGGUUAUUUCUGCAGCCACCCACUAUGCCAUCCUCAAUUUAUAAGUGAAGGCCAAUGUUGCCUUCAUUUCCCCUGGCAAUUAAACAGUUACAAAAGAAAUUCUUUUCAUCGCACUUCUCCCACCUGAUUUUUCUCUUUUAUCCUGCACAUUUAAGAACAGCACCAUGCCAGUCCAGUAAAGGACUUGAUAGUGAACUAAAUGUCCUUAGUUGUUAGCAGUUAGGAUGGUGAUCAGCCUUCUCCAAACACAGAAAAGGGAUUACAGUUGCUUUCUUGGGCCAAGGGUUACUUUGUCUUAUCUGUGUUUGCAAGAAAUUGCUAAGUUUACAUGCAAAUGUUUAUGAAUGUGUUAUAUAAUAGUCUUCUCAGAAUUAGACAGGUUUCUUUGCUGACUUUUUAAGAGAAAGGUCAGACAUGAGCAAAUGAUGAUUUCUUGGUUAUGUACAGUUCUAAGGGCCAUUGGGUUGGCACUCUUUGGGUAAAGAACUGCCUAAAACAAGAGGGCAAAAAGCCAAAUCAAUUGUUGGGCAGGAAUUUGUCAGUUUAAUGGCUCUGCACAAAGACAGUCUGUCUUUAAUAUCCCCAAUACAUGCACAUACACCACACACACACUCACACACACAGACACACACAGACACACACACACAUUCACACACACAGACACACACACACACAUUCACACACACAUUCACACACACACACACACACACACACUACUUAAAGUCAGUUCAGCCCUGCCUUGGCUCUGCUGGCAUUACAGGCCCUCUUUCUCCUCCAUCAUGCAGUGGGAGACAUUCCAUUUACUACAGCAUUUCAAAUAGUCACUACAGGAAAUAAAUUUUUAUUAUUUCACAUAACAACAAUGGAAUACAGAUCAUCAGGGCUCCCUUGAGAUGCAUUUUGCACAAAACUUACCUGCCUACUGACAUGCAAAUAUGGACUCGGUGUGUAAUCUGUACAGACGAUGUCUUGCCCAGCUUGAAGGGCUUACUCACCUCAGUUGUUUUUCAUUCAUUGAAGUUAAUAUGCAAAGAGUCCUUUGUUGACUCAAUUGUCAAGGUCAAAGGCUUUAUCAGGUGUUAAGAUUUCUUUGGCCAAACUUUCUAAGAGUUUUCAUUUAUUCCCUCUCUGAUCUCUAUGGGGAAGUUCUUUGUUGAGAGUGUCUGAAGAGGUUGACUCACGUGACUUCAUGUCUCCCUCUGUGCAUCAUAGUUACCUGCAUCCCUGGGAUAGUUGAGACUAUGACACAUCGGUGUUGUUGCCUUCUGGACCAUGCUAGCAUCUCUUGCGUCCUCCUUGCGUUCAGUCAGUAAAUGUCUUCCUUGCACUGGGAAUGUGAGGACUUGGCUCACUGUGCCUGGCCUCCACUGAGACAUAAGAGUCACCUCCACUCAGCUUUUCUCAUGAGUGCUAAAAAACUAACUGGAGAAUUUUCCGGUUGCCUCUCUUGUCAUCAGCAUGGUCAAUUAGAAGGCUCUGAGUAAGAGAAUUAAAAUACCUCAGUUAACCUUGGUCCUUUCCUUCCUCAGCCCACUAAGAAAGGACUCAACGAUCUGGGUAAACUCAGCCUUGGAAAUUUUAAUUCACUAUACAAAAAUAUUGACAAACCAGUGAUAGACGAACGAGGUCUUAGCUUGGUGUCCCUUAGGUGCUGUGUGGCAGAGCAGACUGCUCAGGAGAGCCUCAGGGUGCUCAGCGUGUCCUCAGAGCGGUCACUGAUGUGUCCUCAGGGGGGUCAUUGACUGUGUCGUGUGACUCUGCUCUCAAGGCUUUCAGUGGCUCUCAGUUCUAGAGCGCUUCUCUGGGCCUCCUACUCUAGUGACUGGUUUAAAGGAAAGAGUUUGUUGCAACAAUAGCCACUUAGAAAGGAAACAAUUGCUCCAUCUGCAGACAGACAAAGCCUUCAAAAGGUGGUUGGGAAUUGAACUAGGGAGAGGAGUUCUUUCUUGAACUGAAACAGGGAAGACUAAAUUGUCAUAAGCCUCCAGUUGACAGAAAGCAGCUUCUAUAUUGACUUGAAUCCAAUGCAAUGCAUAUUUCAUGAAUAUUCACUGUAUUUAUACUUAAUUUUAAAACCCAGUUGAGGGCUGUGCUGUUAUUGGAUUUUUUCAAUACUCAUUAAAACACUUUAAUUUCAUCCAUCUCACCUUUGUAUGUUUUGCAUUUGUGCUUAUUGCUUAUAGUCUGUAUGUUGGAGUAGCAUGGUGGUGAAUCAAGUCAUGCAAAUGCUUCUAAAACCUCUGACAGUGGCCAGCCCUUACUCAACUCUUCUGCGUGCCAGUGCUCCUAGGAGCACUACUGAGUAACUCCACAGCCACUACGAGGUGAUGUUGUCUCCCUGAUAGGACUUUAACUUGGGCUUUUUGUUUCUUCUGACCUUUUCAUUGAAGGCUCUCCCUGAAUCCCCUUCUGUGACUGUCAGGUGUCCUAUGGUAACACAAAAGCUAAGAGCUGCUAAAAUCGUUAACCUCACUUCACUUCUAACAGGAAAAGCUAACUCACAUCCAAACUGAUGAAAGCAGCUUUGUGUCUAAGACAUUGGUGCUCGGGUCACACAGGGGAACCUGUAGCCCCCUGCUCCUCCGUGGUCUAUAGGCAAACAAUUGGCCUCCUUCUCUUUGGAGCGCCCUCUCCUUCCAGGGAUUAACAUGGGAAGUACAGGUAGAAGUCUCUUCUGUUGUCAUGGCAACUCUUUUUCCCUGAUAGGAUUUUGGCCAUUCCAGGCACGCUUCACUUGCUUUCCUACCUUAAGCCUAGACUAGCCUUGUCUUGAGUAUUCCCUGUCGUUUUAGUUGUAGUGGGAACAUUCAGCAUGGAGUCUGCCCAUUUUUACGAGUACAGUACAGGGCACGUGACAAUAGGCACAUUGCUUGUAGCAAACCUCUAGAACUUGGGCAUUCUGCAGUAAUGGACAUUUUAUGGCUGACUAAUCAGCCAUGCCCCUCCUCCAGCCCUGAUAACCACCAUUCUGCUCUCUGAGUCUAGGAGCUGGACUGUGUUAAAGACCUCAGAGCAGUGGGAUCUGGUAGAUUUUGUGCUUCUGGGACUUGCUUAUUUCACUGAGCACAACAUCUCCCGGAUAUAGUGUCCACCUGGUCAUAUGUUCAGGAGUUCUCCCUUUCUGGAUGCUGAUCCCAUGGUGCUGCAGGUAUACUGCAAGUCAUUUUUUCAGUCACCUCCCAACACACAUGAUACUGUGUCUUGGCUACUUCGAAUAAUGCCCCAGUGUCCAUGAGGAUGGAAAUACUUUUUUCAAGAUCCUGACCUCAAGCCUUUCAGAUAAAUACCCCAGAGUGUAAUUUCUGGACCAUACAGUAAUUUUAUUUUUUAGCCUAUGAGGACCUGUGAUCAUGUUGGGUUUCCCACAGCCGAUGCAUUGUUUUACCCCCUAAUAUCAAUACACGAGGGCCCAGCUUCUCCACCAUAACUGGUUGUCAUCUUCCUAAGCAGGAGCAGCUGAGUUAUCCCUUGCCCUGGUCCAACUCUGAAUUCCAGAUGCAAGUACCUGCCACCACAAACCAUCCAUCCUGUUUCCUCAGUGGCCCUGAAAUAUUGAUCUGAUUCAUUAAUUCACUCAGCUGGCAUUUACUGAGCACACCCUAGCAUUUUAUGGUUAAUUCUACUAGCUUCCAUAGGCUGGGUUUCCUGUUGUGGUAGAAAUGAUGGCUCACAAGACUCGAAUAAGGCUUGUUGUGGCUCCAUUUCCCAGAGUAAGAGACUGAUUCUUGAGAAGGUUGAAGACCAUUGAGGCCUGAGUCACACGGUGAGUAACAGGGCAGCAUUUGAACCUGACGCCACAGCUCAGCCUUUAAUUAGAGAUCUUUUCUUGGCCAUCACACACCUUUUGAAUUACUCAUUUUCAUAGAGAAACUGAUUGAUGUUCUCAACUAUAAGGAUCAUUUUUUUGGUGGUGGGUGUCAUUUAAGUGAGUCUUUCAAUUAAAACUAAACUGGGUUUUUAAAUAGUUGUUGAUAGCCUUCAUAAAAAUCUAUGUUAACAAGUCUAAAAGAUUGAUUCAGGGAUGAGCAAACUUUUUCCUGUCUAGGUCAGUUAAAAUCUGGGGUCAUAGCCAGUAGUUACUUAGAUUGUAUUUAUGGACUAUAUAAUCUUAUGUCUGUUUUGCCAAUAAUAUAACCAGAAAAGCAAUUUCAGUGGGGAAUUCAUUAGGCCUUGGCCUUGUUUCCUUUCUCUCUAAUCCCAGGGAGAUGCCUUUCUCAGUAUGUAGGGAAAAUCAGUUUGAAAUUGCAUCAAAAUCACAACUAACAAGAUUAUUUUACCCAUAUACAUGCUACCUACCUUUGGAGGACUUUUCCCCUGGCUCAGUGUGGUGGGACACAGGGUGACAACCAAUGCUGGCCCUCUCUCCCUGUUGUAAGCUGGGAGGAUUAGGGAGGUGUGCUUAAUAAUUAACUUUCUGCUCUAUAUGAAAACACAUUUCUGAUGCAGUCAUGGUUCCUGGUUCUUUGAGAUGUAAGCAGCUUUCCCACACAUCUUCAAAUCUGGGUCAUUUAAUAAACUAGAACAUAUGUGGUCUAGUAACACAGGGGCGUGGAGGGUAAAUACUGUGUGCAAUGUGUACAACGCCGGUGCCUGUGACACUACCUAGGUAAUCAGGUGGAAUUUAUGAAUGCUCUUAACUGCCUGUUAAAGAACUACUGACCAUUUUCAUUGUCUCUAGAAUAAACUUAGCAGAGCUGAUCUGAUUGAUAGCAGUGGAUUUCGGAAGAAUGUCAGUGAAAAUGACUGAUGUUAAAGCCCUGUGGUUUUCAUUUGUCAUCACUGGCCCACCAUGCCCUGGGUGAACUUCAUAUUGUCUGUCUGGUUCCCAUGCAGCAUCGUAGCUUGAUAUGAGGAAGUGCAGGCUGUUUGGCAGCAGUGACUAAGGAAACCCAAGCAGAAACUCCUGGUGGGAGAGCCUUCCUGGCAGGAGAACCUCUGAGGACAGGGCUCGGCUGCAUGACUUUUGUGCAGAGGGGGGAAAUUGCUAGUAAUUGGUAGGUUUAUACAUAUUAUUUUUAUAAAAGAAUGUUAAUUCUCUAAAAAUCAUCAAAAAGUUAGUCUCCUAGAAAGAACUCUAUGCUUUCCAAACCUACUUCGAAGAAGGGAUCUAAACACCAAUAGGGUCCUUUAUCCUUCGCUACUCCAAUGGUCUAAUGGGAUAGAUGAAUCAAUGUUUAUAUUUUUAAACCUGUAAAUAAUUUUAUUUUGAAUAUUUUGUAUAUUUGUUGAUAUGAUUCCAUUUUGUGCAUAUGUACUAUUGUGCAUGUUGCUGGUUUUGAUAGCCACUCUCUUAACAAAUGUAAACAGGUUGGACUAAUGGGCUCUCCUGCCAUUCAUCUUACACUGAAAAUACAACUUUGCCAUUUGAACUGUUGUGUUUAAAUUCCGUCAAUAAAUUCUGUUGCUCCUUUGCAGUUAAA